AUGUCAUCAUCAUCGAAUCCGGGCGACACCCUAGGCGCUAGAUUCAACUAUGGGCUCGUGGCCGCUUCGUAUCUGGCCAGUCUCUGCGGGUGCCAGCUCACGGUGGAGAUCUUACACCGACGAUCAACAGCGCUCGGGAGCUGGAGAAGCUGGUAAGUUGUCAGUCUUCGCUUUUUUCGAAAGCCCUGCGCUUACACUUCGGACAGGAUGGAGACGAUAUCGUGCGCGGUCUCCAUGGGACUUGUCGGAGUUUGGUGCAUGCACUUCAUCGGCAAUCGUGCCAUUGUUGUGGGCGGAGGCGAGCCAAGAGUCCAACUUGUUUACGAGUCCGGAUUCACCGUCUUAUCACUUAUCUUGCCUGUUCUUGGCUUGACUGCAGCUUUUUCGGCAGCAGAAUAUCAGUUUAACAGGAAGUGGGUUCACUGGACAGCACUGAUGUGCACCGGAGUUUUUGCCGGGCUUUCAGUCGUGGGUAUGCAUUAUGUGGCCAACCUUGGGGUCAAACACCACGCACUACAUUACAACACGAGAUACCUGGUUGCGUCUUUCGUCAUUUCCGUGGGAGAUUGUCUGGCCGUCCUGAUAUUGUUCUACACUCUGCGAGAGAAAUGGAUCAGUGCGUGGUGGAAACGCGUCGGAUGCGCCAUGGCUCUUGCAGUCGGGGUCUCAGCGAUGCACUUUACAGCAGCCACCGAUUGCGAAUACAUGCUUAAGUCCUAUUCCAGCCCGGGAGAACUUAGGUCCAGAGACAUUCAAGUCGCCAUCGCUGGCUCACUGUGUGGCGCUUGUGCACUACUGGUCACAACCGCGCUCAUGAUCGCGCGAUCGCGCGAUGCCUUAGUCAAAACAAGAUCGCAGAAAGUCAUGCUUGCAUGCGCAAUAUUCGACCCUUCUGGACGCAUACUGGUCACUACAGACGGCAUUCUACCAGCUCGUGAGAUUACAGACAAGUACAAUCACCGUACUUUCGACGACGAGUUCGACACCGCGCAUCCGGUCUUCCAGUGGAUCUAUCGUGUAACGCAUCAUUGGGCCAGCGUAGGAGCGCUCAUCCCCAAGAUGAAGAGUCAUCUCCACGCUCAUCGGGAAGAUCUAGACAGCGGAACAAGACCUAAUAGCUCUGCAUCCAGCGCUAUUUUUGAUGCCGAGACGUACAAUAACUUUGCACUCGUCUUCCAAGAACGCUUCUGCACCGCGGCAGCUUCGAUGGCUUCCUCGAUGAACAUGCCCAUUGAAAGGUUGGGUGUGCUUUAUGACCGAGUCAUCGACACCGGCACGCUCAAUAGGCAAGAUCCGUGCUGCAGGCGACGUUGGCGAAGGGCGAAAGAGCCCACGCCGGCUGAGGUCGAAGCUGCUUUACGGCACCAUCUGUUUGGCAAGGGUCAGCUCAUGUUCAUCACUCGACAAGCAUCUGAAGAAGACUGCACGCAGCUCCUGAACGCGGGAUACAAGUUCGCCAGCGUCCAGCACGUGGGCCGCACGAUUGCAAAUGCCAUGCAGAUCACAUUGUCGGUGCUAGAAGGGCACAUAUCCAGCCUGAAGCGGUACAACGAGAGCUUGGUCACUACGGAAAAGCCAGGCACAUGGCUUAGCUUCUUUGCGAUGGUGCCGAAACCUCAUCACAAAGGUUUUGACGUUGUUGUCAAGAAAGAGCAGCAGGAUCAGCUACCAGACGUGCAAUUGCUACAAACCCGACCCGAAGCAUGGCAAAUCUGCAUUUUUGAGCGUUUGAACGAUAAACAAAUCCCAGAGAUCCUUGACAAGCUCGACGAUAGAACUGGACAACUCACAGAGGGCUACAUGCUGCAUGAGCUGCAGUUCAUGACCGUACUUCGACAAGCAAUUCUGACUUUGAUCCAGCCAUUUCCGCAAGAAUGGGUUCGAGAGGCGAAGUUCUGGUCGAGGCAGUUGAUUGCUCACUUUUCUCGACCUCUUGAGGAUCGUUCUGAUGUUACGACGAUAUACUCCUUCACGGUCAUCGGAGACAUGCACGCAUCUAUCGACGGAUCGCCUUCGCUUACCCGUAUUCCAAGGUCAUUCUUCGAUGCUAGACAUCGAUGUUAUGCUGGAUCGCCUGACCAUGCCGUGCUGACGAGAGACAUCCAUCAAGCCUUUGCUCCGAUCUUUGUAAGACGACAGGCUCGACGAACCCACCGGAUGGCAAAGCUCUCGGUUGCGAUGGGUCACACGCCCCUGAAGCGCGUUAGACAGUCGCACUCCAGAGGCAGUGGCAAGCUGAGCUCCAGUGCCAGUAGUGUCGUCCCUGUAGAGUACCAGCUGGACGAUGCAUCAUCGAUGCACGAGCUUGUCGAUAAGCCAUACUACUCCUCGACGCCUUCUCGUAGCAGCGACCAGCCUUCUCCGCGUGGCAGCCGAUGGGGAGGCAUCCUCGUCAAUAGAGAGACGACGAUGAAGGCCGAUAUUACCAACGACCCAUCUGCCAACAAUAUGGAUCUAGUCAUGCCCUUUGGCAACAUGGUGGCCGUGGGAACCCUGAAGCCGGAUGUGACUUUUGUUGAUGAAUUGGUGACAGUCACAAAGCAGAGGUUCCUUCCCGCUUCCAAUACCAUAUGA